AUGUGCUGCAGACUGGGGCUCUGGCUCUGCUGCAUGGGCCCUGGGGCCCCAGGGGCUGAUCCCCGACAGGGAGCCCAAAACAGCCCUGCUGGCCGGGCCAGUGGGCCGGGAGGAUGGGGGGCGGUGGGCCCGAGUGACUUUGUCAGCAGUUAUCAGCAGAUAUCAAAGUCACAGGCACUGCGCACCGGCAGAGACAAAGUAGUGUUUUCCUCUGCUAGCUCCUCUGGCCUGCCGGUGCCCGUCGUCCAGGGCCUCGGCGUGGAUGGGGACACUCCGGUGGACUGCCUCAAGGCCAACGACAUGUGCAACACCAACCCGCAGUGCAGCUCCAGCUACCGCGUCAUGCGCCAGUGCCUGGUGGGCCGCGACCGCACCAGCAUGCUGGCCAACAAGCAGGAGUGCCAGUCCGCCAUGGAGGUGCUGCAUGACAGCGCCCUCUACAGCUGCCGCUGCAAGCGGGGCAUGAAGAAGGAGCUGCAGUGCCUGCAGAGCUACUGGAGCAUCCACAUGGGCCAGAGCGAAGGUGAGGAGUUCUACGAGGCCUCGCCCUACGAGCCUGUGGAUUCAUUCCGUCUCGCCUCCAUCCUCUCAGGGAUGCACUCCUCCACCCUGCGGGCCACCACCCACUGCCUGGACUCCACCCGGCCCUGCAACCCCUGCCUGGACGCCACCAAGGCCUGCAACCUGAACGACACGUGCAAGCGCCAGCGCUCCGCCUACAUCGCCACGUGCAACAAGUCCCCAGCGCCCGCUCCCGCCGACACCUGCAACCGCAAGCGCUGCCACAAGGCCCUGCGGCAGUUCUUCGACCGCGUGCAGACCGAGCACAGCUAUGGCCUGCUCUUCUGCUCGUGCCGGGACAGCGCCUGCGCUGAGCGCCGCCGCCAGACCAUCGUGCCCUCGUGCUCUUUCGAGGAGAAGGCAAAGCCCAACUGCCUGGAGCUGCGCAGGAAUUGCCGCCUCGACCCGCUCUGCAGGUCCAGACUGGCUGACUUCCACACAAACUGUCAGAUGAGCUCGGAGUCCACCAACAGCUGCCCCAAUGAGGACUACCAGGCCUGCCUUGCUUCAUAUGUGGGCCUCAUUGGGACCGACAUGACCCCCAACUACAUGGACUCCACUCCCGUUAACUUCACCAUCUCACCCGGGUGCACUUGCCGUGGCAGCGGCAACCAUGAGGAAGAGUGCGAGAGGUUCCUGCAGGACUUCAGAGAGAACACCUGCCUACGAAAUGCCAUCCAGGUGUUUGGUUAUGGUACCGACCGGCCCAAGCCUGCCACUGUUCCACCCACCACCUCCACAAAGCCAGACCAGGAAGUGAACGUGCGCGUCACCAAGCCAACGCUUAAUACAAGUGAGAUGAAGCCAGAUGAGGACCCAUGUGCUUAUCCCAUCUGUAAUGACCUGGAGUAUGGAGAAAAAUGCAAUCCAAGUUGUGGAAGCAAGGACCCCUGGAUGGAGAUCAUAGAACCAGAGAGUGGCUCCCUCAGCCUCAAAGCCCAUGCCUGGAUGUGGAUCACCUGCCUCACCCCUCUACUGGGCCUCCUCACUCUGUAAAUAAAUAAAUAAUAAUUACAAAAUUAAGCAAGAAAACUUAUAGUCAAGGACCAGGGAAUGUUUUGUAUGGGCCAGACAGCAGCAAGAGGACAUAGGAAGAAUAAAGCCACACACACACACACACACACACACACACACACACACACACACACACACACACACACACACACACACACACACACA